AUGAGUGCAUUCAUUGUUAUUGACUCGCAACUUGAACGCCUAAAACACGAACAAUCAGUUGAUGUUUUUGGAGCUGUCUCUAGGAUGAGAUCACAGCGCAACUUUAUGGUCCAAACGGAGGAGCAAUAUGCCUUCCUUUACGAUGUUCUUGUCGAAGCCGUGGAAACAAUUGAUACAGAAGUGCUAGCCAGUGGGCUUUAUCAGCAUCUGAUGAAAUUGCGGCAACCAGCAUCCAAUACAUUACUUGCUCAAUACCUGGGAAUCGAUAACAGGAGAGAGCCAGGUCAUUUAAAUAGCAAUAUGUCAGGUCUGGAGCUCGAAUAUAAGCAUAAAUUUGCGAUUAUAGGCUACUACUAG